AUGUGCCUCGACAACCUGAGAAGAAGAUUUGCUGACAUACUGUCGCUUAAUUGUAAAGAAGUCGUAAUUGCAGCCGUUUUAAUUCCUCAAUUUAAAUUCAGAUGGUAUAAUAUCGUAAAGUAUCCUACAUAUACUAAAGAGGAUACAAAAAUUUUUAUUACAGACGCAGCUAGAGACUUAGACGAUUCAAACUAUGAUUUCUUAUCAGAUGAGAGUGACGCAACCAAUUUAGACCAAUUCUUUGAUUUCAGUGACGACAAGGUCAAGGUACAGCCUCCAAUAUUAAAUAACGACAGUGAAAUGGCAAGAAACUCCUCCCAAUCAUCAUCUGUACCUAAAAGUAAAACAUCUUCAAAAAUUGAACUGGAGCUGUUGAGGUAUUUAGAAGAUAAAAGAAAUAAUAUACAUAUUAUUAAUGAAUAUCCUACACUUAAAAAAAUUUUCACAAAAUUUAACACUUGCCUUCCUUCGUCUGGUGCAGUCGAACGAUUAUUUUCAUUUGCAGGUAUAAUCGACGCACCUCGAAGGAAUGGCCUGACAGACGAAAAUUUUGAAAUUUUGGUGCUAUGUAAGGCCAACCAAAAGAAAUAUUUUUAA